AUGUUGAGUAUCUCUCGAGCUGCAUUUCAUGCGCGUCAUACACGAAUACCUGCGUCUGUGAUACGCCGUGGACUGCAGUCACGAGUCGGUGUCUUGGAGGAGUUAGACGGUCGUGGUUUCAUCUCCCAAGUUACAAGGUCCACAGAACUCCAGCUAUCGCUUCAGAAGGACAAACAAGUGAUUUACUCGGGCAUUGAUCCCACGGGAUUGUCUCUGCAUGUGGGCCACUUGGUACCCAUGAUGUGCCUGCUGCACUUUCACCUUCGCGGACAUCGUAUCAUACCACUUAUCGGAGGGGCGACCGCUUUGAUAGGUGAUCCUUCUGGACGCUCCACAGAACGGCCAUUGCUCAGUCGACUCGACCUUCAGCGCAAUAUUGACAAGCUCAGAGCUAGCGUCGAGCGAUUUUUCAGCAGGGCUGCGCUCUACGCUGAAACGAAGUCUACCGACCAACGGUCUCUAUCAGAGAUAAACGUCAUGAAUAAUAUAGAAUGGUUUGAGGGGCUCGGUCUACUCCAGUUUCUUCGUACGGCCGGUAUAUAUGCGAGGGUGAAUAGCAUGAUCGCGAGGGACAGUGUUCAGGCCAGGCUAAACUCUCAACAAGGGAUCUCAUUCGCAGAGUUCUCAUAUCAGUUACUCCAAGCCUAUGACUUCCUCACUCUGAACCAGAAGAUGGGGUGCACUAUUCAAGUUGGCGGCUCGGACCAGUGGGGAAACAUCAUAUCAGGCAUCGAAUUGAUCAAUCGUACCAUGUCUGGCCUUGCAGAGAAUGACACAUCCGGUCCAGAGAAGGGGUUCGGCAUAACCACGCCUCUUCUCACUACCUCGUCGGGCGAAAAGUUUGGAAAGAGCGCAGGUAAUGCUGUUUGGCUAGACGAGUCCAUGACCAGUGUUUUCGACUUCUAUCAGUUCUUUGUCAGAACGGCUGAUGAAGAUGUCCUUCGCUAUCUGAAGUUGUUCACCCUACUUCCUCUGUCGGAGAUCGAAGCGAUCAUGGAAAAGCACAACAGGGCUCCAGAAUUGAGGCACGCACAAAAGGUCCUGGCUGACGAAGUCACUGAGCUUGUACACACUGGGGACGGUGUAACUCAUGCGCAAGCUGCCACAAAAAUAUUCUUCAAUACUGACCUGUCAGACGUGAAUGCGAGCAACGUCAUUUCAGCCCUCUCGAGUGAUCCACGCCUUCGCCUAGUGCAAGCAUCGGACAUCUUCGCCAUACCUUUGCACAAAGUGACGGCUUCUGUCGGUUUAGCCGCGUCCAAUGGUGCUGCCAAAAAACUGAUAUCAAUGGGUGGGCUUUACAUCAACGGCAAACCCGCCAAUGCAGAGCAACAGUUAGCUCCCGCGGACCUAAUCGAUGGCCGACUUAUCGUCCUCCGUGCAGGUAAAGCAAAUCAUGUAGUUCUUGCCAUCAGUCCUGGACAAUCAUGAUCAACACCGAUGGCUACAACCUUCCUCUAAAUCAU